AUGUUAUUGAGGAUCGCACAGUUUGACAAGCAAGAAACUAAAAGCUGUCCACUGCCUACGAGAAAAACUUGCAAACAGGGACUUCUAUUGUUGCAGGGGGUAUACAACAUGGACAACGGAAAUGAAGUCAUUGGUAGGGAUGGCGGUGAUCUUCUUGUGUUUGGGCGCCUGUUCUUGGCUAACCCAGAUUUACCUGGAAGAUUUGAGCUUAAUUCAGUACCAAUAAGUAUGACAGAAGUACGUUUUAAACGCACGAUCCUGUUGUUGGUUACACAGACUACCCAUUCCUUGAAGACAAAUUCUAGGAAUCAAAUUCAUAUCAAAAGUUGGAGUUCAAUCAAGUGA